AAUUUUGCGCUUCGCGCAAAUCUUGCCCCCCCCCCUACAUUUAUUUCUGUAUACGCCCUUGAUCCGCAUCAAAUUUAUAUGGAAAAUACUUGAUAAAUAUUUAUUUCAAUAUAUUUCGAUCCAGUUUUGCAUUUUUUUAUGUUAUGGGGUAUAACUAUUUAGACUUAUGUCGACAAAAUUCGAAGUGAUCGCUAAAAUCUUAUUUCUAUCUGCUGCGUCUAUGUGUAUGUUCAGAUUAUUUUCAGGACUCCUGGCGGACUAUAUAAGAAAAUUUCAAAUUGUUGUCAUGAUAUUUAUAAGGAUGCAUGUAUCACAUUAAUGCAGAAAAUAUUAUAAUCAAUUUUAAGAUUAUCUAGUGCAUCAAGAUGUGAUUUAAAGGAAAUUUUUAUUUUUUUGGUCGAUUUUUUAUUUUCUUUUAUAUAAAAUUAUUAAUACCAUAAAUAAUUGUAUAGGUUUCAAUUAAUCAUAGCGGAGUCUUCGACUUUAAGAAGGAAAUUGUUAAAAACAACUUAUACCGAAGAAUGUAGCGUCCAUACAAAACCAGAAAGUUGCGAUAUUCGGCUCAGAUCAUAAAAAAUCAAUUUAAUUCCAAACAAAUCAUUCAGAUAUUACAACCUAUAAUCAUCGCAUUUUAUUCGACGCAUUAAUAUGUAGUUGCUACUUCAUGAUAUUCAAUUUAAACGACGAUUAGUUGACCGCCAGGUAUCUCCAUGCUCUCGAUGUUUCUGCAUGGUUCCACGAAGGAAAGACACCUAGUGGACGAAAAAUCGUCGCUUAAAGUGUAUUGUUUUUAUUUUUAUGCAAACACUCCCUUUAAGUUUUUCUAAAACGUUAAAACAGAUUAAAAAAAAAGCAAAUGAAGUGACAAAAAGUAAACCAAUCAACUAAUGUGGAUUUUAAAGUUUUUUUUUUAAAAGCAGAAAAUUAAAAAAACUGAUUAUCAAACUAUUAACUGAAACUAAUUCUUUUACAAUAAGGCUAGAAGGUCGCUUUGCACCCAAUUUUCACUUCUCAUUUUUAAAUCUUACUUUUAAAGCCAGCAAUUUUUCGGAUUUUUUUUUAUAAAUUGAUCAACUUUUCCGAGAUUUCUGCAUAGAAAUAAAACUAUUGAAUAAUUAUUCAAUCAUGGUAACAGAUCAGGAAAAUAUUUAAAUUUCAUUAAAUUGACUCAAAUACUUUCUAAGUAAUUGUUUCAGAAAGAAUGGUUGGAAAUAUGACAAAAGAAGAACUGAAAGGAAAGAAUAUUGAGAUUAAAGAUGAGAUCCAGGGAGAAAUCCUUCCAACCUCUACUGUAGAGGAUACAUGUACUGUUUAUAUAAAGGAAGAAGAUGUAAAGGUUGAGAUAAGAGAACCUAAGCAUGAGGAGAUAUGUACUGUAUAUGUACAAGGAGAAAUGAAGAAGGAAGAGAUUAAAGAAGAUGUUUAUAUCAAGAUGAAGAUGGAAGUACCCUCUACUUCUACUGAAGAGGAGACAUGUACUGUAUAUAAAAAGGAAGAAGACGUUGAGAUGGCAAAUACUGAGAUGACAGGUGAAAUAGUUCUCAUUGAAGAGAAUCCUCUGCUGGUUGGAUCAAAGAUAACCAAGAAGAGGAAACUUGAAGGAGUGAGAUAUCCAUGUGAUAAAUGUGAGUACAGUGCAACUAAAGCUAAUGAUCUUAAGAGACAUUUUGAGAGUAAACAUGAAGAAGUGAGAUAUCCUUGUGAUAAAUGUGAAUAUUUUGCAACUAAACCGAUUAAUCUUAAAAGUCAUAAAUUGUCUACUCACGAAGGACUUAGGUUUCCUUGUGAUAAAUGUGAGUACAUUACAACAUGCCGAGGUAAUCUAAGAAAACAUAUCAAGAGUAAGCAUGAAGGAGUGAGGUAUCCGUGUGACAGAUGUGAGUAUUCUGCAACCAGCCAAUAUCAUCAUAGACAACAUAUUCAGAAUGUGCACGAAGGAGUAAGUUAUCCAUGUGAUAAAUGUGAAUAUUCAGCUAAUACACAAAAUCGCCUCAGAGAACACAUUAGAAAUAAACAUGAAGGAGUGAGAUAUCAAUGUGAUAAAUGUGAAUACGCCGCAACUACAGCAAGUGAUCUUAGAAAACAUACCGAAAGUAAACAUGAAGGAGUAAGAUAUCUUUGUGAUAAAUGUGAGUAUUCUGCAACUGGACUAAAUCAUCUUAAAAGUCACAAAGAAUAUAAACACGAAGGAGUGAGAUAUCCUUGUGAUAAAUGUGAAUACACCGCAACAUGCCGAGGUAAUCUAAGAAAACAUAUCAAGAGUAAGCAUGAAGGAGUUAGGUAUCCUUGUGACAGAUGUGAUUAUUCUGCAACCAGCCAAAUUCAUCUUAGACAACAUAUUCUGAAUAUACACGAAGGAGUGAGAUAUCCUUGUGAUAAAUGUGAAUAUUCUGCUACUAGGCCAAAUCAUCUCAGAGAACAUAUUAAGAAUAAACAUGAUGGAGUGAAUACGCUGGAACUACAACAGGAGAUCUUAAAAGGCACAUCGUAAAAAAGCAUUGAGGCGUGAGAUAUUCUUGUGAUAUAUGUGAAUAACGGCUCAGCUACAUUUGUGCCUGGUCACAAUUUGCUUAGUCACAUUUUGCCUAGUUUGUCAAGAGCAUGUUCUUUGCUACAGCUGAACUAGUUGAAUUUUAAUGAAUUUUAAUUGUAUCUUG